CCAAAAAAUUUGAAAUCAAAAAACUAAUCCAUAUCCGUAAUUAACGAACCGUUACAAAUUGCGCCUCCAAAAAAGUCGCAACGGUCAGAUUUUGCCCCCAUAUUUUCCCUCCUCUCCUCUCUUCUUCCCUUCCAAUAAUUUUUGCAUCAGUACUCACUUCGUAAGAAACCCUAAUUUUUGAGUUGCGAUUGAGUUUUUGAUCCAUCCCUUGGCGAACUUAUUACUCUGUCAUCAUCUUCGAUGGAGUCGAAGAAUGCUAAACCUGAGACUCUAGUGAUGGAUGAUCAGAUCAUAUCUCAAUCGAAGCCUCAAGUGGUUUCGGUUUCAUCGGAGAAUUCGAAUCCUAACGUCCCACACGAGACUCCGGUGAGGAUCUCCGGCUCUCCGUUCGCGAAGUCGAGUGAAUCCGCGGAGAAGGUAACGAGAUCGAAGCUUAAUCCUAGCCUGGCGGCGUUUUCACCAAGGAAUCGUAUCAGAGAGAGGAGAUUCGUGGUGGUGAAGAAGAAGAAGAAGAAGAAGGAGGAUUCAGCGUCUGUGGAGUGUAAGUGUGGAGCUAAGAACAUGAAGAAAUGCGUUUGUGUUGCAUACGAAACUCUCCGUGCUUCGCAUGAAGAUUUCUUCAAAAAGCGAGAGGUAGAAAUUGGAGAAUCCAGCCUGAAUGUGGAGGAGGAGGAAGAUGAAACUGGUGAUUGUUCGAUGAAGAGGAGACGAGAAAAGGUGCUCGAAGAAGCCAGAAGGAGCCUCCCUGAAUAUGGUAAAGUGAUGCAUCUCGUUAAGGCAUUCGAGAAGCUUACUUGCUUCCCCUUUGCAAAGGCAACAGAGGAUAAGAAGAUUAAGAAAGCUCUGAAAUGGGGGUUGCCUGGGAUGAUGAGCCUGCAGCAGCAGCAGCCCAAGUGUCCAGAGGAAACUGAGACAGACCAAGUUACAUGGACUUCUUCAUUUUCACCAUCUGAUUUGGUUUUAACAGCUACCAAUCUGGGAAUAGAACAACCUCUUGCCUCAGUUUCUUCAUCAUGGGGCAGCAACAGUGUUUCAAGCCUAAGUUCAAAUGGUGGUAGGAGGAGCAGGAGAAAUAGCUUGGACUCCUCUGCUUCAAUGGGUAGUAGAAUAUCUAAGAAGAAGCAGGUCAAAGUCACUUCUUUGAAGCCAUUCAAACUUAGAACUGAGGAACGUGGACGAAUGAAAGAAGAAGAGUUAGCGAAGAAACUACAAGAGAUGACGAUGGAAGAAGAAAAAAUGAGAAUCCCAAAAGCUCAAGGUCUUCCCUGGACAACUGAUGAGCCUGAGACUCUGGUUAAGCCUUAUGUGAAAGAUAUCACAAUACCAGUAGAGUUAAAGCUCCACUCAGACAUUCGAGCAAAGGAACGUGCAGAAUUUGAUUACCAGGUUGCUGAGAAAAAGAGUCUAAUAGAGCAAGACAAAGCAGAAAGAGUAAGGCAACAAAAGGUAGCAGAAGAAGAAGAGUUAAGAAGGCUGAGGAAAGAAUUGAUCCCAAAGGCACAACCAAUGCCAUACUUUGAUCGACCAUUCGUCCCCAGAAGGUCGAGCAAGCACCCGACGAUACCUCGAGAUCCCAAGUUUCACAAAACUCAACACAAGAGAUGCUGCAGUACAUCGUCUUGGAGUGAAACAGGAUCUUACAUGAGCGAUCUCUUGUACCAGCAGCAAGACCUUUAAAGAUGCUUUGCCUUCCAUUUGCACAUUUCUUCACUAUCUUUUUUUCUUGUCCAUAUUAUCAUCAUAACUUGCCCAAACAAAACUUCUACCAUUUAAAGAAGCCGUUAAUGAGUUUCCUACACCA